GAGUAUGUGCUGUCGAGCUUUCUAGGCACCGAGGAGGACAGCGUCGCCAAGGUUGGCAGAAACGUACGGUCGAUACUUUCCAACCCCCUGGUGGGGAGCUGGAACGCUGCAUGAAGCUCUACUGCGACUGCGAGUCCGAGGCAUUGCAGUUCCGUUCCGGCUACUCUAAACCAUUGAGUGACCAAUUCAAUGUGGCGAAUCGACGGUAUGAGGUUCGGGAGCACCGACGAUCUCUCCUCCGACUUUUCAACGCAGAAGACGUGCAGAGAGGACAUAAGGUGCAUCGCUGUCGGUGAUGCAAACUCCGGAAAAAAUCAACUCCUCGCAGCCUGUGAAAAAAUCGAUUCGGAUAAGGAACAGGCAGUGUUUCUGGAAUACUCGACUUGCAAGUUGUACAACGACAUAAAUCACAAGCUUGUUUUCAAAGGAUUUUCGGGCCAAGAAAACACUCACAACCUCAGGCGGAUGUCCUACAUCGAGCCUACCGGAGUGUUUCUGGUUUGCUUUUCCGUGGUUGACAGGGAGCAGUUCGAAAACGCUACCGAUAAUUGGAUCGGAGAGAUAAAGAGCUACGCGCCCGGAUCACCUUAUUUGCUGAUCGGAACUCACACAGAUCUCCGGAAAGACCCGAUUUAUCGACAACAGCUGCAGCUAGAGUCCAAGAAAGUUGUGACCAAGAGAGAAGCGAGGCGGAAAGCCUUCAUCCAUGAGUGCAAAUAUCUCGAAUGCUCUUCGACAACUCUGAGAGGGGUGAAGCAGGUGUUCAAUGCUGCCAUUAGCGCCGCCCUCCAGGGUGACUACGCUGAAGCUCUCCGGAGAAGAGUUUGUCAAAUGAUGUGAUCCGCCACUUCUGGGGGUGUCACAAGGGAUCACGCGUGGACCGUCUCAUCUGCCUUAAAUAUCUGAAGAGCAGCGCCCUCCUCUGGUUGUAUCGAGGAAGAAGUGUGGAGACCCGCUAUCCAAGGCUCUGCUAUCAUUUGCAUGUUGUGGUGUUCGAACUGCUCAGGAUCUGAUCGAUAUCAUCCUCGUCUCAUCGACUCACGGACACGAGUCUCCCGCCGAUUUGCGCACUCCUCUGACGUCGAAAACUCUCAGGACCUGUAAUUCGACGACUUUGCCUCAAUGAUAGAAUAAAAGAUUCAAAAUACGCAA